CACACACACCUUGGCUUUCCGUCCAAGCGCCUCGGCCUUCCCUUUUGCCGUCUGCAUCACUCCGCGCCGUCGGGACGGGACCCGGUCCGCAUCCGCUUCUGGCCACCAACGACUGCGAUUACUACCUUGGGGGAGUCGGGGGUAUGAUUAUAUCCAAGUUAUGGAGCGAGGCGCAAGCUAUCGAAGCGAGAAUGGGUUGUUGAGGGGAAAGAUGGUAGUAUACUUGACAAGGGGAGCAAAGGAACCAAAGAGAUUAUUAUCGGAAUUGGCGGGCAAAAAGAGCGUCUUUGUGGUUGUAGGAAGGUACUGUCGUCAACAUGGAUGGGAUGGGAUUCUGUUCGUCGAGGCGGUCGGGGUCUCGGAGAAUUGCGACGUUUGGGACUCUUUUUUUCUUGUCGCGUAGUACCACCUCAAAGCUACCUAGGUCAAGGUAUGUACGGGACUCGGGGAGAGAGACGUUCGGGAAGACAGAUGACAGACGGGGUCUCUUGGUCGCGUGGGAAGUGGAAGCCUCGCUCGUCUCACGGCGGUCGGUCUGCGCCGUGGCCGACAAGGGGGACGUUCGGUGGAAUUUGGAAUUGGAAUUGGGAUUAGGAUCGAAAUGGGCGUGUAAUUGUGUAAUUGCUUGCUUGGUUGUCGAUCCCCAGCUUUCCUUCCACUGGACUUGUCACGGCCCGGGGGAUGCGAUGGCUAGAGGUAGAUGGGUAAUAGCCGGAGAUGGGUUGUGUAAUUGCUCUAAACAACCAAGGAGGAGAACUGUCGUCAACGAACAAUUCCCAGGGUCUGGACAAUUUGAAACAGAUUCGAGGUCGACGGGACCGAGGGCGGAUGGAUGGGAGAAUGGCACGGCCAAUGUAAAAUUACGGGAGACCGUACACAGCAAGGUAUCACCGUGACAGGAGAAGGAUGGACCGUUCGCUUCGUGGCCUUGUGGGGCAGCUUAUUUACUACGGGGCCCGGGGGAGAGCACAUGCCCGGCGUUC